GCUCAGUCUUCCAUUUCUCACGGCACAGACCUGUUGUCCGUUUUUGUCACCCUCCCAGGCUUUCUCAUUUGUUUCAACCGUCUUCUAGUGUUGUUGAACAGUCCCUACCUACCUUUGUUAGUCGUGCAUUAUCCUUUCCAGUCAUUGUUGCUCUUUCUCUCAACUACUAAUCAGUCUGUAGUGGCUACAGCGCUCUCUCAGUGAGUAACAAGUUCAGCACAACGCUCUCCCAGUGAGUAACAAGUUUAGCAUAACGCUCUCUCAGUGAAUAACAAGUUCAGCAUAACGCUCUCCUUCUCUCAACGACCUACGUAUUCCAGUCAGGCUACACCGCCAACGUCUGAAGAAGAUUUCACGGAACGGACAACUCACUCAACAUGUCCAGUGAACAAGUAGAAUUGUUUGCUGAGGCGGUACGGCAACCGGGUGCCACAAUGGAAGAUCUUCAGGAUGCUGUGCCUCCUGAGCAGCCGCAAUUGUCCUCCACAUCACGUAAAGUGAGAUGGGAAUCACCAUUUAUGACAUCAUACUGGGGGAGAAAACACUGCUACUCAAUGGGAACAAUGCUCCUUUUUGUGAUCUGCUCGGAGGGUCUGCAUUUGGGUGAGGAUUUCCUCUCCACUAUUGUACACUACAUAUUUAGUGUACAUAGUGUCGAAGUGAAUGAGGAAGAAGCAACUGAGGACAACUGGACACUACUGCACUACUGUGCAGCGUAUGGAAAUGAUCGACUAGCAAGUAUACUCAUCGGAAAAGGAGCUGAUGUCAAUGCGCCGGGGCGGAGAGGGAUGCUAUGGACUCCACUUCACCUAGCAGUCAACGGUGCCCGGAUCAACGUUAUCAAGGUGAUGCUGUCACAUGACAGAGACGGUGUCACCUUGGAUACCACACUGCAGGACAGUGGCGCCAGAACAGCGUUGGACAUAGCCAGGGAAUACAAUCAAAAGGGAUGUGUGCAGUUACUGGUGGAUCACGAGAGUGCGAAGGUUUCAAAAGAAUUUUGAGGAAGUCAAGAUUCUUGGCAAAGGUGGCUUUGGCGUGGUCUUUCAAGCUCGCAAAAAACAUAACAGGCAGCAGUAUGCUAUCAAGCGUGUGUUGCUGCGAGAGGG